AUGCAGGACAUUAUUGACCAUUUGCCUAAACUACCUGAAAUCCAACAACAAAAGCUCACUAUUCCUGAAUUCGACGAAAUUGAAGUCAAAGCAACUGACUCAGUAGAAAUAAAGAAGUUCAUUCGUAAGGUAAACUAUGAGUUUCUUGGAUUUCAUUGCAACCAUAAGGUUAUGGACAAAGAUUGCGACAUGUUAUAUAAGAACAUCUCUGACCUUUACAAAACCCGGGAGUUUAAGACCUACGACAACUUUGUUUCGUUAGUUGCUGAAUGUGUUUGGCAGAUAAGAGAUAAAGAUAGAAGAGGUAAGGUAUGGAAUGAACAGAUAAAACCAACUGCUUCAGAUUUAAAGAAAACCAUUGACGCCUUAGUUGUUUUAGCAGGUAAGGUUUCAGAAUAUAACGCAAAAAUGAACCCGCAAUGUUCUAAAUGUAAAGCAGCAAUGAGGAAAUAUAACUACUCAGUCAAAGAGAUAGAACGUAUGAGAAACGACUAUGCAGAUUUAAAGAAAGAAGCAGAAAAGCCAGCAGAAGAUAAAAUGAACAUGUUAGAAUUUCUGAACAAAAACUAUCCAACUGCUGACGAUUUCCUUCUAUCUGACGUCAAGAAGAAGUAUAAAGAAACUUUCGGUAUCGUUAAAACAUUCGAUGUACUGACAGAAGAAAUAGAAGCUACAAAACUGUUUAAAGUCUCACGAAUUCAUAACGUUUACCAUGUAAAACGCUUAUAA